AUGUCCCGACCACCCCUACUGCCGCUUGAUCUGAUCGCUGAUUUACAGGUACCAACAAGAUCCUCCACAAAAGCUGAGAUUGAGGACUACCUCAGGAGUAAAGUGGUGGUGGCAGAGAAUAGUACAAAAGCUGAUCUUUUGGAAGAGCUCAGUAUUUACAUCUCGAGCCGAGGCGGUAUAGCAGCUCUAUGGUGCUAUGCAGCCGAGAAGAUCUGUGAGGAGAGAGGAGUAGCAGUGAUAAGGCUGCCGCCUAAUCACUGCUUCUUCAAUCCGAUUAAGUUCUACUGGAGCCAACUGAAGGUCCACCUCAGAAGGAUUGGGAAGCCGGGAGACACCCUGGAAUUGGUAAAGACUAGGACGCUGGAAUGGAUGGAAACAAUGCCCCCCUCGCUGUGCUAUAGCUGGGCACAACAUGUUGUUGGUCAGGAAGCUGCGGCAAGACUAAAGAUUGCCGUAGACCUUGCCAACAACAGCAGCAUAUUAGACACUCUGUGCUCAGAAGAGUCUUCAUCAUCAGAUGAUGAUGAAAAUCUCUCUUCUGAGAACGAUGAGAAUGAUCCGAACCUAGCAGAGGACAUUGCUAUUGCAGAGGACAUUGCUGAGCGCCACCGUAUGGAUGAGGACUAA